AUGGCAAACAUCGCAAUAACUGAAUUCCCGACUCUUAAUAUCACCGGAGAAAAUUAUAUGCCAUGGACGGCACAUGUUAAGCGACAUCUCAAAUCAAUGGGUGUUUUGGAAAUGAUAACGGAGUCGAAUAAUUGUAGCAAUCAAGACAAGGCAAAAGCAGAUGUCUUCCUCCAUAAACACAUUGAUCAGAUGUUGCAAUUUGAAUAUUCAAAUUGUGAGGAUCCAUACAUUUUGUGGAAAGAUUUAAAAAGCAGAUUUGAUCAUCAGAGGGAAGUUUUACUUCCCACUGCUAGAGAUGAAUGGAACAAUCUCAGGUUCCAAGAUUUUAAAAAGGUGAAUGAAUACACCUCUACUUUGUUCAGAAUAUGCUCAACGCUCUGA